AUGGCCGCCACAGCUGCGGCUGUCCAGCAGCAAUCUGCUUUUCGCGUUUCCUUCUUCUCGCUCGCAUUCACCUUUUUCGUCUUCCUCGUCACAGACCCGCUCCGAUUUCGACCCAUAGCCAAUCUCCCCUUCCAAGCAGCGCCUAUUCCCUUGUCACCGCGCCGACUACCCAUUCCAUCGGACCAAGAGAAUCGUCUCGCCAAUGCUCACAUCAGAUACUCGGGCGAGGUGUUUGGCCCGGAAAGCCUUGCAUGGGACCUUGAGGGACGAGGACCGUACGCUGGCGUCAGCGACGGGCGAAUCGUCCGACGAUCAUUGGACGACAGUGGAUGGGAAACGUUUGCACACGCGUCGCCAUACUGGUCGUCCGAACUGUGCGAUCCUGUCGCACGAGUGGAACCGUCCCCAUUCACCUCCGCCGUCGCAUUUCUAUCUCGAGCCGUCGAGGCGUCUGCCGACGCUUCCAACAUCCAUACCCGUCCGUCGCUCAACGGUUCGCUUGAUCAUACGAACUAUAGCUUAGGCCCCAUCAGCGGCCUUUUCCAGGAACUUGAUAAUAGAGCGGUUGGAUCCAGCAGUAUUUCCUCCGUCCCCUCUACCCGCAGCGCGGUUAAGGGGCGAGUCGGGCCGAAGCUGGCCACGGAGCACAUCUGUGGCCGUCCGUUGGGGUUACGUUUUCAUCCGGUAACUGGCGAGCUUUUCUUUGCGGAUGCCUAUUUCGGCAUUUACAAGGUUGGGAAGAAGGGCGGGAAGGCUCGAAUGGUCGUGGAUCGCGUGGAGGGUCGAAAGCUGCGGUUUGCGAAUGACGUGGCUAUUGACGCGGAUAACGAGAACGGCACAGUGUACUUUACUGAUUCGAGCACACGUCACCAGCGACGAGAUUUCGUCGUGGCGACCACUGAGGGCCGAGCCGACGGUCGUCUCAUGAAAGUGGAUCUAGCGACGCGUCAGGUUACCGUGUUACUCCGGAACCUCGUCUUCCCCAACGGGCUUGCUCUUUCUGAAGACAAAUCGUUCCUCGUCUUUUGCGAAACCGUCCUUUUCAGGUGCAGCCGUUAUUGGUUGAAGGGACCUAAGGAGGGGACUCAGGAGGUGCUUGUUGACCUACCCGGCUCGCCAGACAACAUCAGACUAAACCCGCGCGGGCGAUUCUGGGUAGCCAUGCAUUCGCGGAGGCGCCCCCUUAUUGAUUAUUUCGCCCCACGACCAUGGCUGAGGAGUUUCGUCAUGUCCCUUCCUGUUGACAUCAAAAUUAUAUACGGUUUUAUGAUUGGGUGGCCACAUGGCCUGGUGGUGGAGGUGGAUGGUGAUGGACGAAUCACAGACGUGCUGGAGGAUCACAUGGGACGCGCUGUCAAGUCUGUGAGUGAAGUCGAGGAGCGGAAUGGCACACUCUGGAUUGGAUCUGUGAUGAUGCCACGUGUUGCCGUGAUGAAGUACCAUCCAAGGGCCUAA